GUGUGACGCGCGCGCAUUCACCUCUAUCGAAUAUUGACGAAAUUUUACCAACACAGCCUACUAUUUCGUAUAAACAGUUCGUAAUUUUGUACUCAAACGUUUGCUGUACGUAGUUUUGUACAUUCCAGUUUUUUGUGUUGUGUUUACAGACAUUAAGUGCGUCCAGUCUCAACAUUAAGAUUUCCGCAUCUGAGCACAUUAAGUAUUUGGGAUUACAGAAACAACGGAGCAUUAGACAGUUUAACAAACAUUGAAAAAGUGACUGAAAAAUCAGUAAAACGAAUAAAUGGUGCCUCGAUAGGCAAUCGUGUAAGGAACUGUCAAUUAUACGUACUUUACUAGUGAGAACUGAAAGUGUUAAGUGAAUAGAGACGAACACAAAGAUGCGUGUGCGCUGGUGGCGCGCCGUGGUGCUUUGCGCAUGUGCCCUUGUGCUGCGCAGCCACGCCCUGCCUCCUGCCACCCUGGGCGAUGUCGUCGCCAACGCUGCUACCAGUCUCAACUCUAUGAAGGUGACGGGAGCCUGGCGACGCCUUUCAAGUACGGUCAGCGAGUCAGUAGGUCUGAAGCACGCGUUACGUCGGCUGCAGGCGGUACCAGCGCGUGCGGCUCGGCUGGUUCACGCACUGGUAGAUCGCAUGCGCGUUGGAGGCGGGCCCAUUGUCUUCACGCAACUAGGAGCGCUGCGUGGACGCAAGCUUGUUACCAGGACUACUGCUCAGACGCCAUACUAUAGCUUUAAGGGUAUUAGGUAUGCCCAACCACCCCGAGGGUCUCUCCGGUUCCGGCCACCAGCCCCCUUGGAGCCAUGGUCAGGAAUACGGGACGCGCUGGAAGAGGGCGCUGUAUGCCCUCAUCGGUUCAUGCUCUUCGACACCUACAAGGGAGACGAGGACUGUCUCUUCCUCAACGUGUACACUCCCGCGCUCCCUGAUAAAAUGUCUGGGUACAAUCCAAAAUUAGCAGUGAUGGUUUGGAUACACGGUGGUGCUUUUGCUAUGGGCUCCGGUAAUGCGUUCCUCUACGGCCCCGACCAUCUCGUCGGUGCAGGAGUGGUGCUGGUCACACUCAAUUACAGGCUCGGCGCACUGGGCUUCUUGAGUCUUGAGAACGAAGAAGUUUCUGGAAAUAUGGGUCUGAAGGACCAAGUGAUGGCUCUGAAAUGGGUGCGGGACAACAUUGAGGCGUUCGGUGGUGACCCGGCGCGCAUCACCAUCUUCGGCGAGUCUGCGGGAGCCGCCUCCGUGCACCUGCACAUGUUGUCACCUGCAUCACAGGGUUUGUUCCAUGCUGCCAUUGCGCAAAGCGGUGUGGCGGUGGCUCCUUGGGCGCUUGCGCACGAACCUCGCGCACGCGCCUUCGAGCUAGGCAGGGAGUUGGGCAUCGACACCAACAACACCGCUGAACUAUUGGGCUACCUCCGCGCGACACCAAGCGAAUUGCUUGUCAAAGCGGGGGCUCGGUUGUCAAGUGCUCCAGGCAAGUCAGCUGACCUGCAAAGCACCGUGGCAUUGCCCUUCUUACCCACACUGGAGCCAGAAGGACCUGAUGCCUUCCUCACCAAACCUCCCAAGGAAACACUUCCCGGUGCCGAUGUUCCGUUCCUUACUGGAUACAAUGCACAGGAAGGCAUUAUACUGUUUCGAAGACUCCAACGUUACCCAAAGCUGUUGAAUGAGCUGGAGCAUGAAUUCCGACGUGUUGUGCCACCGGAGCUCCUCGACCAUAAUGACACCAUCGUCGACAAGAUAUCAGACUCCAUCAGAGCAUUCUACUUCCAACAGAAACCGAUCGAAAACAGAAACGUUGACAACCUUAUUGACUUAUUCACAGAUGUGAUGUUCCUGCGGCCUGUCCUGGAGACGGUCCGCCAGCAAGUAGAGAGUAAUCGGACGAGUCCUACGUACUUGUAUCGAUUCGCGUUCGACGGAGCCCUGGGGCUCUUCAAACGUAUGCUGGGCAUCACACAUGCAGGUGCCUGCCAUGGCGACGAGAUGGGGUAUCUGUUCUACUUCUCAAGACUCAACUACAGAUUGGAUGACGAUUCUCCCGAGCUAGCUGUUUCUCGACGCAUGGUACAAAUGUGGACGAACUUCGCGAAAACUGGGAACCCAACGCCGAGUGUGGACUACGAAUCAGUAGUUGACUUCACCUGGCCUCAAGUCAACAAUACGGAACAUAUCAGCUAUCUGGACAUCAAUGGUAACUUCACCGUACAGACGGACCCUGAAUCGAAGAGAGUGCAGUUCUGGAACUUUCUAUAUGAGAACUAUGGUGCUAAUCAAGAGGACGCCACUAACUCAACUGUAGUUGACCAGUGAAAUAGUACAAUCAAGUGACAAGUGAACCUAGGUUUUGAGACGCUCUAACUGCCAUGCCAGUGCGAUUACAUCCUUAAAUACUCAAAUAUCACUCAAUUUUAAAGUAACUACUUACUGCACAUGUUUAUUGAGUCUAAUAUAAUGGAGUAUGACAAUAUAAGGGUAGCGUAAAAUUGAGUAGCCUAUCAGUGUUCAGUGUUGAUCGUAAACUUACUAACUUAUCGCCAAGUGCCAAACUAUGAUAAAGAAUUCUGUUAAUUAAUGUGUGAUCUCAAGUACUGGCGGCGUAUAGUAGCGAUUGAUGGAAAGCUAAGCAUUCAGAAAUGUAGGAAAUAAACGAGUGAAUGUGUUCGUUUCUUAAGACUAUACGUGAACUUUCUCUCGUAACGCUUAUUCCAAUUCCGAUUAAAGGAAAUGGAAAAUUAGCUACUUUGUCAACUCUUAACUGCGAUGUAAAUAAUAGAUUUAUUUAGAUUAAGUAUCUUAUAUGUCUUCUGCCUUAACGCCUGUUAAGUUACCAUUUAUAGA